AAAAAAAACCCAGAAGAAGAAGAAAAAGAGGGGGGCGUGGGAAGAAGCUGAAGACCUCACUGUGUUCACUUUUCUAGCAACCAUGGCCGGAGCAGAAGAGAUGAAUAAAUAUCGCUCACCUCUGGUGUCCAGAUACGCCAGCAAAGAAAUGAGCUACAACUUUAGUGACAAAAAGAAGUUCACCACUUGGAGGAAGCUGUGGAUUUAUCUCGCCAAAGCUGAAAAGGCUCUGGGUCUGCCCAUCACUGAUGCUCAGAUUGCAGAGAUGGAGAGCCAUGCAGAGGACAUUGACUUUGCCAUGGCGGCUGAAGAAGAGCAAAAGCUGAGGCACGAUGUCAUGGCGCACGUCCACACCUUUGCACACUGCUGCCCCACAGCUGCUCCCAUCAUCCACCUCGGAGCUACGUCAUGCUAUGUGGGAGACAAUACUGAUCUCAUUGCAUUGCAUGAUGGCUUCAACAUCCUCUUGCCUAAGCUGGCCAGAGUCAUCGACCGGCUGGCAAACUUUGCAGAGGAAUACGCUGACCUCCCCACGCUCGGCUUUACACACUUCCAGCCUGCCCAGUUGACCACAAUGGGGAAGCGAGCGUGUCUGUGGCUGCAGGAUUUGGUGAUGGAUGUGAGGAACCUGGAGCGAGCCCGCGAUGAUCUUCGUUUCCGUGGAGUCAAGGGGACCACAGGCACCCAGGCCAGCUUCCUACAGCUCUUUCAAGGGGACCAUGACAAGGUUGAAGAGCUUGACAAGAUGGUGACAGAGAUGGCUGGCUUUAAGAAAGCCUACCUGGUGACUGGGCAGACGUACAAUUGUAAAGUGGACAUAGACUGCCUGUCCACGCUCGCUGGUUUGGGAGCUUCUGUGCACAAGAUCUGCACAGACAUCCGCCUGCUGGCCAACCUAAAAGAGAUUGAGGAACCUUUUGAGAAGGAGCAGAUUGGUUCCAGUGCUAUGCCCUACAAGAGGAACCCCAUGCGUGCAGAACGCUGCUGUAGCUUGGCCCGACAUCUGAUUGCAUUGAUGGCCGACCCUCUGCAGACUGCCUCAGUCCAGUGGCUGGAGAGGACACUGGAUGACAGCGCCAACAGGAGGAUCUUCCUGCCUGAGUCCUUCCUGACAGCAGACAUCAUCCUCAGCACGCUGCAGAACAUCACAGAGGGUCUUGUGGUCUACCCCAAAGUCAUUGAGAGACACAUCCGCCACGAGCUGCCCUUCAUGGCCACAGAGAACAUUAUUAAGGCGAUAGUGAAGGCAGGAGGAAACAGACAGGAGUGCCACGAGAAAAUCAGCGUUCUCACCCAAGAGGCCACAGCUGUGGUUAAACAGGAAGGUGGAGACAAUGACCUGCUGGCCAGAAUCCAGCGAGACCCAUACUUUGCACCCAUUCUAGGGCAGCUGGAUGCUUUGCUGGACCCCAAGACCUUUAUUGGGCGUGCUCCACAGCAGGUGUCAAAGUUCCUGGCUGAAGAAGUAUGCCCCCUACUGGAGCCAUACAAGUUUAAUAUGGACGUCAAGGUUGACCUUGCGGUUUGAACAGUGACGGGCAAAUGAAGCCAUCUGAAGCAUUGAAGGUUAUACUGAAAAACUGUUCAUUACUCAAAGCUUUUCACACACCGUUGUGUUUGGUGACAUCUGGUGGCCAAAAAUAUGAAGAGCGGCUUGAAUCUACAACUUCUAAUGAACUGCUUCAUUAUGAUUGGCCACUUUACAGCGCUGAAUUGACAGCCUCUGUGUAACAUGAGGCUGAUAUGGUGCUUUGAACAUGUAUAUGCUUUUGGCUGGGUGAAAAAAAAUUAUGCUACGUCUAUUGUAAUGGCAUCAGCCACACAUGGGUAAAAUCAGUCCCUUCAUUCACAUCAUUAUAUUGAUUUGCAAUUAUUUUAGUAAUAUAAUUCAU